AUGGCGGCGCCGGCGCGGAGCUACAACCCCUUCGCGGAGGACGAGGAGGCCGAGGAGGAGGCGGGCGGCGAGCGGCAGCGCUCGCUGCAGCGGGAGGUGCUGCGCCGCUCGGCCGCCACGGCCGACAGCACCGCCCGCUCCCUCGCGCUGCUCUACGAGUCGGAGCGCGUCGGCGUGGCCGCCUCCGAGGAGCUUGUACGACAAGGAGAGGCACUGAAGCGCACGGAACAAAUGGUAGAUAAGAUGGACCAGGACUUGAAGACUAGUCAAAGACACAUAAAUAGCAUUAAGAGUGUUUUUGGGGGCCUGGUAAACUACUUUAAGCCCAAAACUCCCGAGGGCAAGCCAGAGCAAAAUGGAACUCCUGAGUAUAAUGCUAAUAAUAGAUUAAAAGAAGCGAUGAUGUCUAGUAAAGAGCAAGAGUCAAAAUACCAAGAAAGUCAUCCAAAUUUAAGACGACUAGAUAAUUCAGACAGUGAUUUCAGCAGAGUAGAUUCAAUUUCUUCAGUGCAAUGUGAUGCUUAUCCAAAGAAUCAACAUCUCCGAGCUUAUCACCAGAAAAUUGAUAGCAACUUAGAUGAGAUGUCUUCGGGGCUGAGCCGCCUGAAAAACCUCGCUCUUGGUCUGCAGACAGAAAUACAGGAGCAGGAUGAUAUGCUCGAUCGGCUAACUAAAAAAGUAGAGACUUUGGAUAUCAACAUUGCAAACACUGAUAAAAGAGUCCGACAGCUCUAAAGGGUUCAUAGAAAUUUUUUCUUCAGCGUCAGUUGGCUUCUUGGCUGUCCURUCUCAUCAGGUCUCUCUCAAAAAAAUCUUGGGUAACAUCUCUCUCUUUCCUGGUAUGUCAUUGAUUUUGUUGCCAUUAAAAUUACGUAAUCUUAUAUGCAGCAUAAUACCAUAAGUUUUUUCCUAAUGUACAUGGAAAAAGUGCAUGUUGAGUAAAAUCUUCAAGCACUUGAUAAAUGCCUUUGUCUUGGAUAUCCUGUUCACUGCCAUUACUGUGUUUCAUGUGCGUGGAGGAAUUGGCAGUCCACGGUGCUUACGUGUCGUGGCCAAAGAGCUGUGAUGAGAAAAUGAACUACAUUUUGCCUCUGUUUUGGGGAGGGGGUGAAGGGCAACAGAAUGUGUUUCUUGGUUCAGAACAAAUGUUGCUAAUUCUGUUUACCUACAGCUGUUCUAAAUUCUGAAAAAAAUAAUGGUGGUUUCCAGCUGUAAAAAUAUUCCUAAGUGACUGCCUUCUGGCGUUUCUGGGGAUUAUGGAACAAACUGUUCUGUGGAAGUUGUAAAAUAUCAAGGGUGUCAGGCAGCAAUGAUAAUGUCCUGUACUUGUUCCAUUUCCUAGGAUGACUUUUCCAAAACGCUAGAUCCAUAAACUAUAGUGUCAAAUUCUUUUCUUUACAGUAUUUUCAUGAAGAUUGGUACAAGAAAUGUUGAUCACAGUGACCCCAAAAGUUAGAACAGAUAUGUCCAAGUCUCUGUUUUUCCGUCUAAAAUCUCCUUUCAUAUACAUGGGCUCCUCCUGCUUUUUCAGUGUCUGCCAUUUCUCAGCCUCCUCAGUUAAGUGUUUAUUUGGAGAAUAGUUUCCAUUUUUAAAAAAUGGAGAUUUGGAUUGAUUUUGUAUGAGUUUGUAGGAGAUAGUUCCUUAAUUUAAUAUUUAUUUCAAACAAAGACAGGGAGUAAAGAGAUGCUAUAGUCUUUAAUGCCAGUGUUUUUAGGAAACUCAGCUAUGAAUCACAUAUUUAAAGACUGACUUUAGCAGGUACAAAAAGUUCCUGCAGCUGAUGAAAAGUUCAGCAAUUCAAGUCUUCCAGAUACAAGUUGGACCUCCCAAUUUGUUUAAUUCUUUCAUAGAUACCACGGUAUCACAGUAGGGACCUGGGUCAGUAUUAGAACACUCACUAUCAACAAAUGACUAUAAAAUGAGACCUAAGAAAUCUGAGCCAUUCUUGUUUUACUAGGUUUCAUGGAAGUUCUCUGUAGAAAAAAGUAAAUCACUAAAAAUAGCUUCACUUGGAUAUCGUAUGAUGGAAAAAUAAUGAUUCCUGGAAUUACUAGCAAAGUAAAGUUAUAAAGUAGGUUUAAGGCAAGUCUAUGUUUUGCCUUACCCUACUGAUAUAAUUGAUUCAGCCCGUAAAAAAGGCUGUGACUUGCAAUGACAUUAAAAAUAUGAGAUCUUUGGAAUAUCUUUGGUAGCUUUUCAAUCUUCGCUAUCAUGUGUAUUCACUUCAAAGACUGAAAAAGUCUGUUAAUGUCAAUAUAUCAUCUACUCUGGUGGGUCUAUAGUUAAUUCUCUUUUACUCUGCCAUGGUAUUCAGAAAUCAUAUGAUACCUCAAAAAGGAUGAUGCAUUUCUUUAAUAGAUGGAAUGGAUUAUUAGCAUUCAGAAAUUUAAGUUAAGAAACUGAARUACCUUAGUGGAAUAAGGUUAAAUUUUCCUUUAAGGUUAAUUUAGCUUUAUUAAGGUUAAAUUUUCAUUGCACCUGUUUUAAUUUCUUAUUUGACUGUCUCCUUUUUAAUUAAAAAGGUAAAAAGGGUUUUUUUUGUCACUUUAUUGUUUACCCUACUGCUGAUUACAGGCACAUUUGUUUUUAAGAAGAAGACUUGUAAAUUCUGUCCAUAACAGAGAAUUAAAAGGAAAAAAAAAUCCCCAGUAAUUAAUGACACUCCUUUUUCAAAGUAAGACUGUGGUGGCUGGGAUGUAGGUUGACAUUUUCUCAAGUAAGUUAUAGUUAACAGAAUGAGAAAUAAAGCUGGAAAAUCUAGCUCUGUUAUAUGUAAUGAAGAAAAAUGUACAGUUUGAAGCCAAGCAAAUAUCCCAAUUGAUUUAAGAGUGAAAUAUAUCACUUCUUUGAUGUAAGCUCUUCCAUUUUUUUAAGUCUAUAUUUUUUCACAUACCUGACUGUUUUCUUGAUCAACCAUUUAGUUACAUCAGCCUUACUAGAAGUUUCCUGUAUCCUGGUUAGAUGUCUUUGAUGCUUUUAAAAAGCAGACAGAGAAGGGGAAUUAAAAAUCUUUCUGCUUCGAGUGCCCCAUGAUCAAAGCAGAGUGGAAAACCAGGAAUUCAGCCACGUGGAAGUUUWUACAAAGCUCUAAUUUCUCUUCACUUCUAAUAAUUCCAUUCACUGUUUCAGUGAGUAACAUAUGCCUUUAUUUUCUCACUACUUGGCCUUUCCUGCCCUAUGUACUACUUUUGUUUAGUAGCCUUGUUUUAGAAGAUUACUUUGCAUAUCAGCUUGCUUUCAUGAGAAUAAAGAUUUUACAUGGGCAUAAAUUAUCUGAUGCAAAGUGAAUUCCCUUUCUAUUCUCAGCUUUCAUAAAAAUGCUUUAUACUUUCCGCUACUAAAGAAUGUAAGUCUAACUGAUAUGAAGACACAAAUUAUUUUAUAAUGGUGAUUUUCUUUUUUCUGGCUAGAAUGACUCUGCUCCUUUCAGAAAGGGGAAUCUAUAAUGAGAGAGAAAAAAAAAGAUUGUUUGCCUUUCCAGGAAGUUUCAUCUUACAGAUGUUACUGAGAAUUCUUUUUAGCUUUCCUUUUAGUUCCUGAGAUACAGUUUUAUUUCUUGUUGGAUACCAGUGAAAAAUUUAUCCCUUGUUAGAGACAGGACUUGCAGAAGAAACUGAAUUUUCACUGAACUGGUAAAUUCAUGAUUUAAACCAACUGUUCUGCAUAAAUAGACAUGUUGGCAUAGGAAUCACUGUUCUUAUAGCCAAAUAGCUCUGAUUAAUGUUGUUCUUGUCGGCUUGUGUAGAAGUUUUAAUAUUAAGAAUAAUAUAGCAAAAAGAAAAUCCUGUUGUUUUCUUUGUAGAAUGAAAUUUUCUUUAAACACCUGCUAAUAAAUUUGGAAGAGGUAUAAAAUACAGAGAAAGGACAUACCCUUCCCAACCAUACCCAUCUUAUUAUCUAUUAUAAGAUAUGUAUUAUCUAUAGUAAUCUAUACUCUAAAAGCAGGAGGAUGGAAGAGAAUGGAGGAGCAGUUACUGGCUACUAGUCUUGUAUGUGUAGUUAAUUAUAAAUUUCUUGAGCAUUGAAUUAAAUAUGGUAACAAAUGAUAUUGUGUAGCUGAAUUUUAGUCUGUGCUGAACUGUAUUGGCCUAAAGAAUCAUUGGGAUGCUGUGUAUUGUAGUAUGAAGGCGUAGCAUGCGUGCCAUCCAAAAUUUCUAGGAGGAACUACUGUUUUUACUCAGGUUAUAUACAAAAUGCUGUCUUUUUGAAUCUGGCCUUUCCCUGAAAGCAUUUUUUUUGUUAGCUUUUUUUUAAUAUGUGAAAUUUAUCUGAAAUAUUUUGCUGCCUAGUAGCUUUUGUGAUGUGUUUGUGAUUUGUUAAAUGGUGAAAUAGAACAUACUUUCCAACCACAUUGCCUUCAAAACAGAUGGACUUUUG